CUCCGCUGACCCCGCCCCCGCCCCGCGCGCCUUCGGCUUUCCGGGAAACGGCGGCGGCUGCCGGGAAAGGACCGGGGGGACUGGGGGGACUGGGAAGGGCUGAGAAGGGCUGGGGCGGACUGGGACACCGGGAUACACCGGGACACGUCGGGAUACGCCGGAACCACGACUGGGACCCACCGGGAGCAGAACCGGGACCCACCGGAAGACACAGGCACCAGAACCGGGAGCCACUGGGAGCCACCGGGAGCAGAACCAGGACCCACUAGGACCCACCGCGACUCACCGGGACCCACUGAAAGCAGAACCAGGACCCACUGGGACCAGACCGGGACCUCUCCGCGCCCCCCGCCCCCCGAUGUUGUCCCCCGCCAUCCGCCGGCUCCUGGCCCUGCUGCGCCCCGAGUGCGGGCAGUGGGCGCUGGUGGGGGUGCUGAUGGUGGCCUCGGCCCUCGGUGAGGUGGCAGGCCCAUACUUCACGGGCCACAUCACUGACCAGGUGACACAGGAGGACACGUCAGCGGCCAUGUGGCCCUUGGUGGUGCUGGGGCUCGGCAGUGCCCUCACCGAGCUGGUCUGUGACGGCACGGCGGCCGUGGCGCUGACGCGGGCACGGGCGCGGCUCCAGUGCGGCGCGGUGGCCGCGGUGCUGCGAGGGGACGUGCCCGGCCCGGGGGGCAGCCUGGGAGACACGCCGGGUGCGGUGGCCGCACGGGUGACGGGGGACGCGGAGGCGGCGCACGCGGCGCUGGCCGACGCGGUGGUCCCGGCGCUGUGGGCGCUGGCCCGGGCCGGGGCCCUGCUCGCCGUGAUGGCCUCACUGGCCCCGCUGCUGGCCCUGGUCACACUCCUGGUGCUGCCCCUCCUCCUGCUGCUGCCACGUGCCAUCGCAGGCAUCCAGCAGGACCUGGCGCGGCGGGCGCGGGCGGCGCUGGCUGAUGCCACCGCGGUGGCCGUGGAGUCACUGGGGGCCCUGAGGACCGUCCGGGCCUUCGGACAUGAGGCCGGAGUGACCGCACGUGUCCAGCAGCGCCUCAGCCACGGCCACCAGCUGGAGUGUGGGGAGGCCCUGGCCUACGGGGCUGGGCGCUGGGCCAGCGGGUUCCCGACGCUGGUCAUGAAGCUGGGGCUACUCCUUGGGGGGGGACACUUGGUGACUGCAGGGACCAUCACCCCUGGGGAGCUGGUCACCAUCCUCAUGUGCCACCUGAACUUCACCCGGGCUGUGGAUGCCCUGCUGUUGUACCUCCCAGUCCUGGCUAAGGCUGUCGGCUCCUCCGAGACACUCCUGGAGCUGCUGGACAAGGCCAAGUGGGUGGCACCUGUGGGGACACUGUCACCUGCCACCCCCCGGGGCCAUGAGGCCUCCAAGACUCCAGGCCUGUGUCUCAAGGACGUCUACGUGACCUACCCCGGGCGGUCCGAGCCCGUCCUCAAGGGGGUGUCUCUGUCUCUGGCUCCAGGGGAGCUCCUGGCCGUGCUGGCGCCCCCUGGCGGCGGGAAGAGCUCCCUGGCGGCGGCGGCGCUGGGACUGCGCCCCCUGGCGGGCGGGACGGUGCUGCUGGACGGGACCCCCCUGAGCCCCCGCGCGGACCCCGCCCUGCGGCGACAGGUGGCUGGUGUCCUGCAGUCUCCGUCCCUCCUGUCCCGCUCCCUCAGUGCCAACAUCACGCUGGGUUGGGGACACGGGGAGGGGAUGCAGGUGACACAGGUGACAGCGGCAGCACAGCGGGUGGGGGUGCACACCUGGGCCACACGGCUGCCACAUGGCUACGACACAGAGGUGGGCCCACGGGGGAUGCAGCUCUCGGGGGGGCAGGCGCAGGGGGUGGCGCUGGCCCGGGCCCUGCUCAGGACCCCCCGGCUGCUGGUGCUGGACGAACCCACGCGGGCACUCGACCCCGUGACCCGGCGCCAGGUGGAGCAAGAGCUGCUGGGUCCUGGUGGCCUCGGGGCCGGGGAGGGGCCAGCGGUGCUGCUGGUGACAGGGCAGGUGGCUCUGGCCCGGCGGGCACCCAGGGUGGCCCUGCUGGAGGGGGGGUGGCUGCGGGAGCUGGGCAGCCCUGGGGAGCUGAGGACACCCCCCUGGGAGACAGUAGGGGACAGCGGGGACACCUGGGAAUGGGGAGGGGACACUGAGGACACUGGGGAUGGGGAGGGGGACACUGGGGACAGUAGGGGUGGGGGACACUGAGGUGAAACAAGGACACGGAUUAGGGAUGGGGACACCAGGACCUGGGCUGAGGACACGGGGGGUGGUGACACUGGGGAUGGGGACAUCAGGGACAAGGAUGGGGACAUGGGGGACAGGGAGGGAGAUACUGCAUAUAGGUUUGGGACACUGAGGUGGCAUAGGGACAGUGGGAUUAGGGAUGGGGACACAGGGGACAGACAUGGGGCCACCAGGGACAGGGAUGGUGACAUUGAGGUUGGAUGGGGACACUGGGGACACCAGGGGCUGGCUGGGGACACAAGAGAUGGGUUGGGGACACUGGGGACAGGGAUGGGGACACUGGUGACACAGACAUGGGGACCCCGGGGUGGGGCAGGGGACCGCGGGGCCAGGCCUGUGACAGUGACCAAGUGUGAAAUCAGUCAAUAAGUCACCAAAUCAAUAAAUCGAUGGAUCAAUCAAUAAACGCGGCUGGAGGGGGGCGGAGCCGGGACCCCGUUCCUCCCCCCACAAUGGGGCCCCUCCCCCUCCCUCCCCCAUCGCCAGCUGG